AUGACUCACCAUCUGGUUCACAACCUGUUCUUCAACUACUUCUCUAAGGACAUCAAAACUUUUGCUUGCGUCAUACUUCUAUCAUCGUUUACUCUCCCACAAGGAAACAUGAGCUGGUCUGGAGGAGAUUGGAUGUGUGGUGCUUGCCAGCACAUAAAUUUCAAGAAGAGGGAUUCAUGCCAAAGUUGUGGAUACCCCAAAUUUGGAGGCUCUGACCCAACAACUUACAGAUACAACUGGACUGAAGCCUUGGCAGGGGACUGGUACUGCACUGCUAUGAACUGUGGAGCUCACAACUAUGCCAGCAGAUCAAGCUGCUAUAGAUGUGGUGCAUUGAAAGAUGGUUAUUCUUGUGGAUUUGGGGGAAACAUGGAUGCCUCUGGAGGAUAUGUUUCUGAUUGCAAUUAUCCCCCAGGUUGGAAAACUGGUGACUGGAUUUGCACUAGAAUUGGUUGUGGAGUGCAUAACUAUGCCAGCAGAACAGAAUGCUUCAAGUGCAAAACACCAAGAAAUUUUGGUGACGCAGACUGA